AUGGGGCCGCGGCGCCGGGAGCCCGGCGGGGGGCGGCGGGGCCGGCCCCGUGAGGCGGCGGGGGAGGCGGGCGCGGGGCCGUGGCGGUGCCGGCGGUUGCGGGGCCCGCGCCGCCAUCUCCUCCGCCUGCUGCUGCCGCCGCCGCCGCUGCUGCUCCUGCUGCUGCUGCCCGUCCAGGGCCAGCCCGGCCCGCACGCCCCGGACUGGCCCCCCGGUGGCCCCGGGCCCAGCCUCAGCAUCUACCUGAGCGAGGAGGAGGUGCGGCAGCUGAUCGGUCUUGAUGCAGAGCUGUCCUACGUGAGGAAUGAUGUGAUUAAUCACUACGCCUUGUCCUUCAAUCUCUUAAUUCCCAGUGAGACCAACAAUCUCCACUUCACCUGGCAUGCUAAAUCCAAGGUUGAGUAUAAACUGGGAUUUCAGGUCCAUGAUCCCGUGGCCAUGGCUCUGCCCCAGGCCAACAUUUCUCUACAGGGAGAAGUUCCUCGCACCCUCUCAGUGUUUUGUGUGGAACUCUCCUGCACUGGCAGACUCGACUCCGACGUCACAAUACUAAUGCAGCUCAACUUAACAAUGAAUUCCUCAAAAAACAUCACAAUUUUAAAUUUCAAAAGAAGGAAAAUGUGCUACAAAAAGCUUGAACCAGAAGUCAAAUCUCCAACAGCUGAUAAAAACAGCAGCAAGGCUCUCUUUGAUCCUGUAAACGCAGCUCCCACCACUUCCACCCGGGUGUUCUACAUCAGUGUGGGCGUGUGCUGUGCUGUGAUAUUCCUGGUGGCAAUAAUCCUGGCUGUCCUGCACCUCCACAGCAUGAAAAGGAUCGAGUUGGAUGACAGCAUCAGUGACAGCAGCAGCUCCCAAGGCCUGUCCCAGCCCUCCACACAGACGACGCAGUACCUGCGAGCUGACACCCCCAACAACGCCACGCCAGUAACCAGUUAUCCUACGUUACGGAUAGAGAAGAAUGAUCUCAAAAGUGUCACUCUCAUGGAGGCCAAAGCUAAAGUGAAGGACAUAGCCAUCUCCAGGGAGAGGAUAACCCUCAAAGAUGUGCUCCAGGAAGGCACCUUUGGGCGCAUUUUCCAUGGAAUUCUAAUAGAAGAGAAAGACCCCAGUAAAGAGAAGCAAGUUUUUGUCAAGACUGUUAAAGAUCAGGCCUCGGAGGUGCAGGUGACAAUGAUGCUGACUGAGAGCUGCAAACUCCGAGGACUUCACCACAGGAAUCUGCUGCCUAUCACCCAUGUCUGUAUAGAAGAGGGAGAGAAACCAAUGGUGCUGCUGCCAUACAUGAACUGGGGGAACCUUAAACUCUUCCUGCGACAGUGCAAGUUGGUGGAGGCCAACAACCCUCAGGCCAUCUCCCAGCAGGACCUCGUCCAUAUGGCCAUCCAGAUUGCCUGUGGCAUGAGCUACUUGGCCAGACGGGAGGUCAUCCACAAAGACCUGGCUGCUAGAAACUGUGUCAUUGACGAUGCACUUCAGGUGAAGAUCACGGACAAUGCGCUGUCCCGGGACCUGUUUCCCAUGGAUUACCAUUGCCUGGGGGAUAAUGAGAACAGACCAGUUCGGUGGAUGGCUCUGGAAAGCCUGGUGAACAAUGAAUUUUCCAGUGCUAGUGAUGUGUGGGCCUUCGGAGUGACGCUGUGGGAGCUGAUGACCCUGGGCCAGACGCCGUACGUGGACAUCGACCCCUUCGAGAUGGGCGCGUACCUCAAGGACGGCUAUCGCAUCGCGCAGCCCAUCAACUGCCCCGACGAGCUGUUUGCAGUGAUGGCCUGCUGUUGGGCCCUAGAUCCCGAAGAAAGACCCAAGUUUCAGCAGCUGGUGCAAUGUCUAACUGAAUUUCACGCAGCAUUGGGAGCCUACGUCUGAAACUGCAGCAGAAGAUGGGAUUCCCUGCUUGGGACAAGGCAUGGCAUCCAUCUGCAGCUCCAUGCAUCCCUCGGACUCGCACACAUGAUGUGUAUAAAGCAACACCAAAGGGAGAAAGCACUUCUUCCAAAACACUGUGCCUUAGAUUGCCUUAGUAGUCUCAAGUUUUUUUUUUUUGUAAGACCUCUUGGUGUUGAAUAUUUUCUAGGUAUCACUUUUGCUAAGUUAAAUCGAGACCUUUUGGUUUGCCAUCAGGAUUUGUUAAGUGUAGUGAUAGUGAACUGAAACACGAGAUUUGGAUGGACUUUGCACUCUGACAGCAGACACAUGAUUUUUUUUUUCGGAAAGUUUAUGGGACUGGUA